AUGUCUACCUCUGCCCGGCGUCGUCUGAUGCGUGACUUCAAGCGUAUGCAAACAGAUCCUCCUGCCGGCGUUUCAGCUUCUCCUGUAGCAGACAAUGUCAUGACUUGGAAUGCCGUUAUCAUUGGCCCUGCCGAUACCCCUUUCGAGGAUGGCACAUUCCGCCUGGUCAUGCAUUUUGAGGAGCAAUACCCUAAUAAACCCCCCGGCGUCAAGUUUAUCAGUCAGAUGUUUCACCCAAAUGUCUACGGUACUGGUGAACUUUGCCUCGACAUUUUACAGAAUCGUUGGAGCCCAACUUAUGACGUGGCGGCAAUCCUCACUAGUAUCCAGAGCUUACUUAAUGACCCGAAUACUUCAUCGCCGGCAAAUGUGGAAGCCUCGAACUUGUACAAAGACAAUCGGAAGGAAUACAUCAAGCGCGUGCGUGAAACAGUUGAGAAGAGCUGGGAGGACUAG